UACAGAGCUGUAGAGCUUUGUGCAUCUAAUUAUGUGUUAUAACUCUUGAUGUUAUUAGUCUCUGUUACUUUUUCAGACUGUUCCAAACUCUCUCUGGCCACAGGAGCAUGAUGACUACUUUCCCCAACGAGACAGAUGAGACAGGCUUCUCCUCCCUCUCUCCGUCAUCCCCCCCCUCCCUCUCCUCUCCCACACCGUCCCUCUCCAUCUCCCUCACCUCCAACCCUUUCUCUUCCUUCGCCGUCUCCCUCUCCACCACCUCCUUCUCUCCGUCCAACUGCUCCAGCUCUCCGUUGCCCUCCUCCCCUCCCUAUAACUUCUACGCUGUGCUGCUGGUGCUGCUCAUCUUCUGUGUGGUGUUCGGCAACGUGCUAGUGUGUGUGGCAGUGUCGCGCGAGCGCGCCCUCCAGACUACCACCAACUACCUCAUUGUCUCCCUGGCCGUGUCCGACCUGCUGCUGGCCACCCUGGUCAUGCCCUGGGGCGUCUACCUGGAGGUGGUAGGGGAGUGGCGCUUCAGUCUCAUCCACUGUGACAUCCUCCUGACCCUGGACGUCAUGAUGUGUACUGCCAGCAUCCUCAACCUCUGUGCCAUCAGCAUCGACAGAUACAUGGCGGUGGCGAUGCCCAUGCUGUAUAACACCAGAUACAGCUCCAGGAGGAGGGUGGCUCUGAUGAUUGCUGUUGUGUGGUUCCUCUCCUUCGCCAUCUCCAGCCCUCUGCUGUUUGGACUCAACAACACAGCCAGUCGGGAGGAGACCAAGUGUGCCUUCGCUGAUCCGUCCUUCGUGGUCUACUCAUCCGUGGCCUCCUUCUACGUUCCUUUCAUCGUGACCCUGCUGGUGUACGCACAGAUCUGUGUGGUGCUGCGGAGGCGGGGCCGACGCACCGUGCCCCGCAGACACGGCCUGUACCCACAGGGAGGAGGCAAGACGGGGGAGGGCCACAGGCACAGGAAGAAUAAGUGUACCCUCCCUGAGGAUGUGAAGUUGUGCACUCUGAUCACGAGGCCCCCCACCACCGCCCCCCAACACAAGAAAGUGACGUUAGUGAAGGAGGCGGUGGUGCACCCCCUGGAGGAGGAGCCGGUGGGGCGUGGUUUCCUGUCCCAGUUAGACCAGAGCCUCCCCCUGCCUCACCCCCCUCCCCCCUCCGGACGAGCCACCAAGAUCUCCCUUUCUAUCUCGGUGGUGCCCGCGCCCUUCCCGUCACCGUCGGUGGCACCACGCUCCGCCCUCGUACCCCGCCGUGCCACCUUCGAGGACGGCAUGAGUGGCCGCGAGCGAUGGAGGGAGCGCAAUGCAGACAGGAAGAAGGGAGUGAUGGCGAAAGAGAGGGUGAAAGGGACUCUGUCGCAGCAGAAGGAGAGGAAGGCGACCCAGAUGCUGGUUAUUGUGCUAGGUGUGUUCAUCAUCUGCUGGCUGCCCUUCUUCCUGACCCACGUGCUGAAGGCCCACUGUGGCAGCUGCUGUAUCUCCCCCUCGCUGUACAGUGCUGUCACCUGGCUGGGCUACCUCAACAGUGCCGUCAACCCCGUCAUCUACACCACCUUCAACAUCGAGUUCCGCAAGACCUUCAUCAAGAUCCUAAACUGCUGAGUACAGGGAAGAAGAGGAGGGGGGGGAGAGUGGGAGGAAGGACAAGUGUGAAAAGUGUUUGUGUAGUGGAGGGAGGCAAAAAAGGUCAGAGACUAGAAAUAAAACUAAAGAAGGGAAAGAGAGGGGUGAAAACAAAGACAAGAAGGGAAUGGAAGGAGAGAUGGAGGGGAAGAAGGGGGCAGAGAAAGAGGCGACAGAACAUAAAAAAAAGAAUCUAAGAGGUCAAACAGACGAGCAAGUGAAGCAAGACAGAUAUACCAAAUCAAAACAGACUUGGGAAUUAUAAAGAGAUUAUGUACACUUCUGUAAAUCUAAAACAUAGCAGGGAGAGAGUGAUAUUCUGAAGGAUCUAUGGGAAGAGAUGGGGUAGGGCACAAACAGAGGCAGAAGACUGUCCCACUCUUUAUGAGGAUGACUAAGUAACUGUAUUACUCUCUGAUACCCCUCUGAAGUAUACUGUCAAAGCGACUGCAGACAUUGUAAUUUAAUUAACGGAGUAAAAACAGGACAGAGGUAAUCUUUUAAGGAGAUACACAAUCAAUCUGCACAAUUGUUCUCCAAUAGCAGUCUUGUUGCGUCGUCCCAGUGUAAACAAGCCUGUAAGAGAUGUAUUAUAUUAAGAACGUGUUGGUGAAGAUAUGAUGCCAUAAUAACAUGGUGAUAUGAUGCAAUAUGAUGAGCGACUAAUCAAGGUUUGUUCAUGCAGUAUAUGUAUAUAUUGUUGUUUAGAGUUAAUGUGAGCUCUGCUGUAAAUAUCUGUAUUACUGUUAUUGUACAGAUAAAUGUAAUAAAUUAUGUU